AUGAAAGUCAUUGAUGUUAACAGAAAAUAUCAAGGGAUCAAGACCCACCUACUCUGGGAUACACCAGAAGAAAUUGGCCCUACGGAAAUCAAAUGGGACAAGGCUAGAAAGCUGUCCACACUCAACGGUAGCGCGUACUGGCUCCAAUUCAUCAAGCAGGACAUGCUGCUAUCUGUGACCUUUCGUAAGGCUUUACUAAAAAGAGGUCAAGCUACAAAUAAGACUGUACUACUGCAGGCAUUGUUGACGUGGGAGAAAGGUUUGGCUGUACCAGUACCUGUAUCAGCGAAAAAAAACGAUAUUUUGGCUGGAACAGAAUUUUUGUCAGUUUUUAUUAACGGUGCUAUGGCUCCGCGACCGACACGAAGACGUUUAAGUCUCAGACGUAAUACAACGGUUCCGAUGGACAGUGUUCCUGCAGAAUCAAAAAACGAUGAGGCUAAUAUUUUCCGGAUAUCUCGAGUGCCACUCACAGUAAAGCCUACACCAGCCAGACCUCGAACAACUCCAGUUAGAGAUGAAGGAGUACGUUACUAUCCCAUAAGUCAUAAGUUCUUAGACAAUAGACAUCACAGUUUAGAGACUAUAGUAGAUGAUUUAAAUAGGCCUGGUGAUAUAUCUUCAAAAUAUAUUGCAAAGUCAAGUGAUCCGGUUACGAAGCUAAGCUUUAGUAAAAUGUCUAAUAAAUCAGCUAAACUUGUAAACCAAAAAGUAAUAGGAGUAAGUGUUACGUCGACUGUAGAAGAGACCCCUUAUAAGGUCAGAGUUGAACAUUAUGAUUCAAAUGAUUUUUUAACCACUCGGCCUCCACCUGUAAUGGCAACGACAAAUAAUGCCACCCCUGAUCAACGGUCGUCUUCUACAGUAUCCCAGACAAGGGUAACCUUUACAUCUACUGGAGUUACGUCUACGCCUGCAAAACUAGUAACAGAAGAACUUAAUAACAUUGUUUCUGAAUCAAAUAGGAGUGAAUUUUCAGUUGAAGAAGGAGCUCCCAAAACCAGCUCACAGUAUGUCACUAUGGUCACAUCAAAACCUAUUCUCAGACAACAAACAAUGCCCUUAGACAUUCAUCAGGAUUCCAGAGACUCGGUUGGAAGUAGUAGCAACUCAGAACCUAUAGAACAAAGAUAUAAAUUUCCAGAACAAAAUCAAGAGACGAAAGAAGUGAAUCAUGAACUACAAGAAGUUCAUAAACCUUUACUGAGAAGUCAAGGACGUAAAGUAGGAAGGCAUUUUGAUGAUACAACGUAUAACCAACGCUCAAAAAUCUAUAACACUCGGCAAAAUGGAAAUGCUUACGACAAUCAGCAUCCAAAAGUCUUUAGCGAACAAGAUAAAGUUUAUGGGGAACCAGAAAAAGUGUAUAGUGAGCCAGUCAAGGUUUACUCAGAACCUGCUAAAGUAUACGGUGAACCUUCAAAAGUUUAUAGUGAACCAUCGAAAGUUUAUGGUGAACCUGCCAAAGUUUAUAGUGGACCAGAAAAAGUCUACUCCCAACCAGCACAGGUGUAUUCUGAACCAUCAAAAGUUUAUUCUGAACCAGCUAAAGUUUAUGGGGAGCCAUCAAAGGUUUACAAUACAAAUGGCCAGGCUGUUGGUGAGCCAGAAGAAAAAAACUACGAAGUGGACGAAGCUGUAAGUGUUGGAAGCAACGGCAACGUACAUGGGCCCCAAUCUUUCACCGAGGCUACGAACAUCGAUGAGGAUGGACACAAAGUUGGUUACGUGGAAGAGGGUCGUAAUUACCGGAAAUAUCGUGUGGAAGAGAGAACACCGGAUGGAUUCAUUGUUGGGGAGUAUGGUGUUGUUAGUCAUGAUGAUGGGACAUUAAGAGGAGUCAGAUAUACUGCCGAUGGAACAAUCAAUCCAAGACUCAUUUAUGACGCCCUAAUGAAGUUCCUCGCGCUCUGAUUUUAUUUCAUUAUGAAAAUCAGUAAACAUGCAGUGAUGAGAAAAUAAAAGACUUUAUAGGACAAUUCUCAAAUGCUUAUUGUCAAAGCAUGUAUUAAAUACA